AUGGCAGCUGCAGUUCUAUCUUGCUGCUCCGUCCUUACUUCCAGGCUCAACAAUCUCUCUCUAACCGCCACUUCUUCUUCUCCAUCUCAAUCGAGCUCCAUCAGUUUCUCCUCUUCCGUUUCGCAUAACCCGAGUCUCUUCAGCACAGGAUGCCUGUCGAUGAGGCCAGUGGAAUGGUCCGUUCGCCGUUCUUCAGUUGUUUGCGAGGCUACACCGGGCAGAAAGGCCGAUUCGGCGGUGAAGAGAGCUCGCCAGGCCGAGAAGAGGCGUGUUUACAAUAAAGCAAAAAAGUCUGAAGUUAGAACGCGAAUGAGGAAGGUGUUGGAAGCACUAGAUGAUUUGAGGAAGAAACCAGCGGCACAACCCGAGGAGGUGCUCCCAGUGGAGAAACUCAUUGCAGAAGCCUAUUCAGUGAUCGAUAAAGCCGUGAAAGUCGGGACGCUGCACAGGAAUACAGGAGCACGCAGGAAAUCGCGGCUCGCCAGGACUAAGAAGGCUGUCGAGGUUCAUCAUGGCUGGUACACUCCUUCCCCUUCACCUGCUGCAGCAGUUGCCAGCUAA